AUGGCAGACAAUUCAUUCGCAUCAGUUCCACCCAACGAAGUAGGCGUCUUCGCUCCGGGCGGUCCAACACCAUCCUUCAACCCACGCGCAUCGCCAACAACAGCCGACUACCGCCUCAAUCAUAUAGCACUCCGCAUCAAAGACCCGGGCCGCUCCCUACACUUCUACGUGGAUCUCUUAGGUAUGCGAGUAGUCUUCUCCAUGAACUCGGGCCCCUUCACGAUCUACUACCUGGGCCACCCGCCACCAGAGACAAAUCUAGAUGAGUGGGCAAAAACCACCAGUGAGGUUCCCGUCAUGACGCGGACGAGUGGUCUUUUGGAGCUUUAUCAUGUGCAUGGGUCUGAGGAUGGAGAUGGGUCUGUGUCGACGGGCAAUGUACCGCCUCAUUUGGGCUUUGCGCAUUUGGGAUUCACGGUGCCGGAUGUGGGCGUUGCGUUGGAGAGGUUGAAAGAGGCGGGGGUGAAGGUUUUGAAGGAUGUUGGAGUUUGCACUAGAAAGUCGGUGCCGUUGUCGGAGUGGGAGGAGGAGAGAGGCGUUGGCUGGGGGCAAAUUCAUCCCAAUUAUGCAUGGUUCUUUGAGAAGUUUGCGAUGGUGGCUGAUCCGGAUGGGUACUCGGUGGAGUUGAUCCCUCAAAAUAUCUAA